AUGGCGGAGGUGAAGUCACGUCGCGUCGCGCAAACAGAGGAUUUAUCAAACGUCGAGUUCGAAACAAGUGAGGAUGUGGAAGUUAUUCCAACUUUCGACAACAUGGGACUCAGAGAUGAGUUGUUGCGCGGAAUCUACGCUUACGGUUUUGAAAAGCCGUCCGCGAUUCAACAACGAUCUAUUAAGCCUAUAAUGAAAGGUCGGGAUGUGAUAGCACAAGCACAGUCUGGUACAGGAAAGACAGCAACAUUUUCUAUUGCUAUACUGCAAUCGUUGGAUACGCAAGUUAGAGAGACACAAGUGUUGGUUUUAUCACCUACGAGAGAAUUGGCAACUCAAAUACAGAAGGUUAUUUUGGCUUUGGGGGAUUUUAUGAACGUUCAAUGCCACGCUUGCAUAGGUGGUACAAAUCUUGGAGAGGAUAUCAGAAAGUUAGAUUAUGGACAACAUGUCGUAUCGGGCACACCUGGCAGAGUAUUUGAUAUGAUAAAGAGGAGAGUUCUCAGAACAAGAGCUAUAAAAAUGUUAGUCCUCGAUGAAUCUGAUGAAAUGUUAAACAAGGGCUUCAAGGAACAAAUUUAUGAUGUAUAUAGAUAUUUGCCACCCGCAACACAGGUUGUGUUAGUAUCUGCUACAUUGCCACAUGAGAUCCUUGAAAUGACUAGCAAAUUUAUGACGGACCCUAUCCGUAUUCUUGUAAAACGUGAUGAAUUGACACUAGAAGGAAUAAAACAGUUCUUUGUUGCUGUUGAAAGAGAAGAAUGGAAAUUUGAUACACUGUGCGAUUUGUACGAUACAUUGACAAUAACUCAAGCAGUUAUCUUUUGUAAUACCAAACGUAAAGUAGAUUGGUUAACUGAGAAGAUGAGAGAGGCUAAUUUCACAGUUUGCUCCAUGCAUGGUGACAUGCCACAGAAAGAAAGGGAUAACAUCAUGAAAGAAUUUCGAUCUGGUCAAAGUCGUGUUUUAAUUACAACUGAUGUAUGGGCAAGAGGAAUAGAUGUUCAGCAAGUAUCCCUUGUGAUCAACUACGAUUUGCCCAAUAAUCGUGAAUUGUACAUUCACAGAAUAGGAAGAUCGGGAAGAUUCGGAAGGAAAGGUGUUUCCAUUAAUUUCGUAAAAACCGAUGACAUAAGAAUUCUUCGAGAUAUUGAACAAUAUUAUUCGACACAAAUUGAUGAGAUGCCGAUGAAUGUAGCAGACUUAAUAUAA